AUGGAAGUCGACGUCAGUCAUCACUACCACUCUCAGCACCAUCUCCACACUCCUCACAUCAUUCGGCACUAUCCUUCAGCACCACCACUGCAAUCCCCAUCAACUUCUCCUUACCAUCUUUCUCCAACACCACCAUCACAAUCACACUACUGUAACUACAAUCACAAUACUAUUACCACCAUUACCAAACCCUCCUCUAACACGCCAUUUCACUCCACAACCAAAGUCGCCAACCUCUCCACCACACCAUCCUCUCCACCACACCAUCCUCUCCACCACACCAUCCUCUCCACCACACCAUCCUCUCCACCACGCCAUCCUCUCCACCACGCCAUCCUCUCCACCACACCAUUCUCUCCAUCACCACAGUCACCAUCCUCCCCACCACACCACACUCUCCCCUACGCCCCCACCCCCGCCCCUUCCAGUGCAGCGGCGGAGGCAGCCAUUUUACAGUUCCUGAGGGAGAAGCUAGGUAAUUCUUAUAGCAUUAUGGAAGCCCUGUAUCUUAUGGAGAAGAAUUUCCUGCUGCUGAGACAUCUGUCAAAUGAUGAAGAAAUCAUGGAUGAAACGGGGAGUAUCAAGCAACAAAAUCAGAAUCUUAUAAAUUUCCUUGGCCUGGUACAAGGCAGCAGAGAGGGCAAGCUGACCAACCGCUGA